AUGCAAGUUAACAAUAUUCUUGCUUGGUUGGGGUUGGCAAUGGCAGCCGCAUGGGUGGUCCACACUAGGUGGUUGGACCCAUGGCGGCAUCGGCGUGGACUUAGGUUCCCUCCGGGGCCGCCUUGUCUCCCGAUCCUGGGCAAUGUGUUGCAACUGGGGCGGAACCCGCACAAGUCCCUGGCUGAGCUCGCCAAGCGGUACGGCCCCUUGAUGUCCCUGAAGCUCGGGACCCAAUUCGUGGGAGUGGUCUCGUCGCCGGAGAUGGCGCGGGAGAUCCUGCAGAGACAAGGCCUCGUUUUCUCGAUGCCGUUCAGCGCGGAAGCGGUGUGCGUCCUGGGGCACGAGCGCAUGUCGAUGGGGCUGCUGUCGACCGCCUCCGCCCAGUGGCGGAAGCUCCGCCGCAUUUCGAAGGAGCACCUCUUCUCUCCCGCGGCGCUCCAGGCCAGCCAGCACCUCCGGCAGGAGCGGCUGCGGAAGCUGGCCGCACACGUCAGCGAGCGCUGCGGCGCCCCUAUGAACGUCGGAGAAGCCACGUUUGCCACGAUGUCCAACCUCAUGUUCGGGACGCUUUUCGCGAUUGAGAUCGGGAACAGAAGGGAUCUGAGGGAGCAUGUCAACUCCCUCACCAGGCUCGCCGGAGCUCCCAAUCUCGCAGAUUUCUUUCCCUUGCUUGCUCCCUUUGAUCCGCAGGGACUCAGGAGGAACCUCACUUAUCAUCUCCGGACUUUGAUGGCACUCAUCCAAACCCUAAUCGAUCAACGGUUGCAAGCCCGGACCGCCUCCGAUUACCACAGGACCAAUGAUUCUCUUGAAACCCUCCUGGACAUUGUGCAAGGAAAUGAAUAUGAUUUGAGCAUUGAAGAAAUCAAGCAUAUGUUUGUGGACCUGAUCAUUGCAGGAUCGGAUACAAGUGCAGCCACAGCAGAGUGGGCCAUGGUAGAAUUGCUACUCCACCCCGACAAACUAGCAAAACUCAAAGCAGAGCUCAACAAUCUUCUUGGAGACCAAACUUGCAUCCUCCAAGAAUCAGACAUCUCCAAACUCCCAUACUUGCAGGCUACUGUCAAAGAAGUGCUCCGCUAUCACCCAGCUGCACCCCUGUUAGCUCCCCAUGUAGCCAAAGAUGAAACCAAGAUAAAUGGAUAUGUAAUUCCCAAACAUGCAAAAAUAUUUAUCAAUGCUUGGGCUAUUUCCAGAGAUCCCGCCAUAUGGAACAAUCCGGAUCGAUUUGAGCCUGAACGAUUUUUAGAUAACGAUAUAGACUUUGGAGGGCAUCAUUUCAACCUAAUUCCAUUUGGUUCUGGACGGAAAAUUUGUCCAGGCAUGCCACUUGCUAGCCGCAUGUUGCACUGCAUGAUAGCAACACUGUGUCAUAACUUUGACUGGAAACUCCAACAAGGGACUGAAUCCAAACAAUUUCAAAGAGAAGAUGUGUUUGGACUAGUAUUGCAAAAGAAAAACCCUCUUUGGGCUAUUCCUAUCAAUAAGGUUUGA